AUGGUGGGAUUACUUUGUUUGAAGCGAGCAUGUUCUUUGGCUUCCUCCAAAGUUACACUCACAGCAAAAGCAACCACCAUUUCUUCAUCUUCUUCUUCUUCUUCACUUGUCCAUUCUCAUCCCUACAAAGCCUUCUCUUCCAUCUCCAAACCAACGCCCCAAAACCAGCUCCCCAACUCUUCUCUCACUCUACACCCUUUUCAUCACCACCUUCUUCCAUGGCGGCCAAAGCCUUCAUCAUCACAGCCUAGACUUAGUCUUGCAGGGAAUUACUUUCAUCAUGGACGGCUUCUCUCAUUCCCACUGCUUGCUAAGCAGAUUUGGUGCUUCACUACACUCAACAACACCCAUUAUUUCAAAGUCUCUGCGAAAACUCUCCUGGAUUAUUGCAGGCUUUGGAUGCUUUUCAGAGCUCAAGUUCCCAAACCAAGAGCAGAGUUUGGCUCUUCAUUUGAUCUUCUAAACCGAUGGAAAUUAUGGUUCAAUCGGUUUAAAGCAGAACACUUGAUUUUGGGCUUGGUUAUAAUUAAUGUUGCUGUUUUUACAAUGUGGCGCAUUGCAGAUCUCAAAUUUAUGACUAAUAACUUUACUAUUUCAGUGGACAAUAUUAGAAAUGGACGUGUGCAUACAAUGAUCACUUCAGCCUUCAGCCAUAUUAGUUUGGAGCACCUUAUCUGUAACGUCAUGGGACUUGCUAUGUUUGGUAUAAAUAUUGGAAGAAUCUUUGGACCUGCAUAUUUGCUGAAGUUAUAUCUUGCUGGAGCUAUAGGUGGUUCAACAUUCUGCUUGGUGCACCACGCCAUUUUGGCUUUAUCAUCAAAGGGAAAAGGAGAGAAGGAUCCAUCAAAGACUCCAGCACUGGGAGCAAGUGCGGCUGUUUAUGCUGUCAUGAUGCUUGAUAUAUUAUUGCAUCCAACAGCUACCAUAUAUAUAGAUUUUGUCAUACCAGUCCCUGCCAUGUUUGUGGGCAUCUUGCUAAUGGGGAAAGAUAUCUUGAGGAUAAUACAGGGAAAUAGUCAUAUUUCAGGAUCAGCUCAUUUGGGGGGUGUAGCAGUUGCAGCCAUAGCGUGGUCUCGAAUUAGAAAGGGACGAUUCCUCUGAUUUCAACAAUGGAUCUGCUUAACUCGUCAUCUUUAAAUUUGUUCACCUUAAUUAAUAGUACUAAUGCCUUUUGCUCAUGGUUAACCAUCUUAAUUUCUAGCUUUUGCCUUAAUUAUGUUUCUACAUUUGUAGCUUAUGUUCAUUGUACCCCGUUAAUGCGCAAUUAUGUUGGCAAAUGCUUUUAAAGAAUCUGCCUCU